GCAGUUCUCUUCUUUCAACUCUAGUUGCAUUGCAGUGCUGCAGGUUUAAGCAGUGAGCAUGGCAUCUUUCGCCGCGGGGAUGGCGGCGGCCGCGCAGAAGGCGCAGCCGAUAAGGGGCGAGCGGCACCUCUUCUCGGCGUCGGACGACAGCGCGAUCAUCAAGCAGAUCCUGGCGACGCACACCCCCGACGGCCGCGAAGUCGACGCCAGGCCGCUCCUGCAAGUGGUCGAGGACGUUCUGCAGCGCGCCACUCCGACCGUCGUCGUGAUGCCACACACUCUUCUUGAUCAAGUAGUAGAAGAGAAGGCCCACCAAGUAGAGACCGUUGGAAUGCUCGAGGCCUUAGCAUACACCAUCCAUAAAAUCUCCUGCGAGAUUACGUGCAAGUGUUCGGGUGGCAGCGACGCGCACGCAAUAACUCUGACUCUCUUCAACUCGCUCUCGAGCUACUCCUGGGACGCCAAAGUCGUCCUCGCACUCGCGGCGUUCGCGGUGAGCCACGGUGAGUUCUGGCUCACCGCGCAGCUCCACACGGUCAGUCCACUCGCGAAGUCCAUCGCGCUGCUGAAGCAGCUCCCCGACAUUCUCGAGCAUACCGACAUUCUCAAGCCGCGAUUCGACGCCGUCAACAACCUCAUCAGGGCCAUGCUGGAUGUCACCAAGUGCAUCAUACAGUUCACAGAGCUUCCUUCUGAAUACAUCUCCGUCGACUCCCCCGACAUGUCGACGGCGAUGGCCCACAUCCCGACUGCGGUGUACUGGACCGUCAGAAGCAUCGUCGCUUGUGCUGCACAGAUCAUUGGGCUCAUAGGCCUUGGUCAUGAGUACAUAACCUCUACCACUGAGGCAUGGGAACUAUCAAGCCUAGCCCACAAAGUUAGCAAUAUUCAUGGCCAUCUCACCAAGCAACUCAACCUUUGUCAUCGAUACAUUGAUGAGAAGAAGCAAGUUGAAUCGUACCAAAAUCUAGUGCGACUGUUCGACACGGUGCACAUCGACAACAUGAAGAUCCUUCGGGCAUUGGUCUCCUCGAAGGAAGACCAUACACUUUUCGACGGCACGACCAAGCGAAGAGUUAGCAUCGACGUGUUGCGACGAAAGAUCGUGAUGCUAUACAUUUCCGACCUCAACAUCAGCAAUGAGGAGCUACUCAUGUUGGUCCAGAUUUACAAUGACAUCCACCACGGGAGACUGGAGCGGCACUACGAGAUUAUUUGGUUGCCGAUAACUGACAAGCACGACCCAUGGGACGAAUCCAAGGACGCGACGUUCCACCGCCUGGUGUCGAUCAUGCCAUGGUACUCGGCGCACCAUCCUUCAUCGGUCGACCCUGUGGUGGCGAAAUACGUAAGGGAGAUGUGGCACUUCGAGAAGAAGCCCUUGUUGGUAGUGUUGGAUCCGCAAGGGAGGGUAGUCUGCCCUAAUGCACUCCACAUGAUAUGGAUAUGGGGAAGCCUGGCUUACCCCUUCACUAGCAAUAGGGAGGAGGCUCUUUGGAAGGAGGAGACUUGGCGGCUUGAGUUCCUCAUCGACGAGAUCGAUCCCAUUCUGCUGAGCUCGAUUAAAGAAGGGAAAUACGUGUGCCUAUACGGAAGCGAGGACAUCGAGUGGAUACGGAAGUUCACGAAGCUGAUGAGGCAUGCGUGCGAAGAAGUUGGGGUUCAGGUGGAGAUGGUGUAUGUCGGGAAGAGCAAUCCCAAGGAAAGGGUGCGGAAGGUGGUGGCAGCCAUUGCGGCAGAGAAGCUCAGCAGUUAUUGGGAGGACCUUGUCAUGAUCUGGUUCUUCUGGGUUCGGCUGGAGAGUAUGUGGCACUCUAAGAUACAACGCGGGAAGAGUGUUGACGAUGACCCUAUUAUGCAGGAGGUAAUGACGAUGUUGAGCUUUGACGGGAGCGAUGAAGGGUGGGCGGUGAUCAGUCGGGGGUCGUUCGAGAUGGUGAAGUCGGGAGGGAAGAAGCUCAUCGACUGCUUGGUGCAGUUCGAUGAGUGGAAGGCCAGCGUUGAGGGGGAGGACGGCUUCGUCCGAGCGCUCACGACGGCGCUGGUGCCACACCAAACUCGCGAGCACUGCACACGCCUCAUCCUGCCGGUGGAUGCCCGCCGCAUACAGGAGCAGCUGGUGGUCUGCGCCGAGUGCAAGCGCCCCAUGGAGAAGUACGUGCUCUACCGCUGCUGCAACGACUAGUUACGGCUUAACCAGCAUUAAUAAUCUAGGCUCAGGUGAAUGACACACUAACAAAUUACUUUAGGAAAGCUCUAUGAUGACUGUGCAUGAUGGCAUGUAAAUGUGAUACACACCAUUAGCAUAGAGCCUUCACGAAAUAAUUUGUCAGUAUGUCGUUCACCUCACCCAAAAUAAUUUCUAGACCUCGUCUGAUUAUAUCUUUUUUUUAUUUUUUUUCAAGUAGAAAUUUUAUGUGAAAGGAUUGGAGUGCAUUGUGAAUUGUUUGUCGUCUUUUUAUGCGAGUGCUUGUGUGGCAAUAAAAUACAAAAACUUGGAAAUAA